AUGCAAUUCAAGGGAAUCGAUAUCGAUGACGAUGGAUCGAUUUAUUUUGCCGAUGCAGGAAAUGAUCGUGUUAUCAGACAAAGAAUGAACACAACGCGUAGUGAGAUUGUUGCUGGCGGGAAUGGUUUCGGCAAUCGAACUAAUCAGCUAAAUAGCCCAACAGAUGUGGUUGUUGACAAAGAGAAAAACUCGCUUAUUAUUUGUGAUAAAAAGAAUCGACGAGUGAUGAGAUGGUCUCUCCAGAAUUUGACGGAACAACGGAUUAUAAUUUCGAACAUAAAUUGCAAUGGUCUAGCCAUUGAUCAAGACGGAUCGAUCUAUGUUAGCGAUAACGAUCAAGCAGUAGUCAAACGAUGGAAAGAUGAAGAAAAGAUUGGCGAAGUUGUUGCCGGUGGAAAUCUAGUAGGAGAUGCACUAGAUCAACUUGAUCAACCAUCUUAUGUAUUUGUUGAUCAUCAUUAUUCCGUUUAUGUAUCGGAUACGAAUAAUAAUCGUGUGAUGAAAUGGACGCAGAGUGGAAAAGCAGGAAUUGUUGUUGCCGGUGGCAAUGCGCAAGGAGACAACAUUGGACAAUUGUUUCUCGGUAAUGGAGUGGUCGUCGAUCAUUUGGGUAAUGUCUACGUCGCUGAUAGUCUCAACAAUCGAGUAGUAUGUUGGUCAGAAAAAACUCAAGAGUCAAUGAUUGUUGUCGGUGGGUAUGGCAAGGGAAGUGAUUCACAUUUAUUCAAUGGCUUAGACGACAUAGCUUUCGAUCGAAAAGGAAAUCUGUAUGUCGUUGACAUUGGCAAUCGUCGAAUACAAAAAUUUGACCGUGAAGACUGA